AUGGACGACUUCGAACAGCUCCUAUUCCUUGGCCGUGGCGGCUACGCCAGAAUUCCAAGAGCAAAGAUCGUCACAGAACAGCAGAAAUUGCGUCUGGAUGCGGAAAAGUCGAUUUUGCUCAAAAUCAAGAGCCCGUUCCUGUGUCGAGGCUUUCAGGUUAUUGAAACGACGGAUGAAGUGUCUUUUUUGCAGGAAUACAUCGAAGGACGAGCGCUGUACGAGUGUAUUUGGAAGUACAGAGACACCGGGAGGUUCCCGGAACACGUAGCCAAGUUUUUCGCGGUGCAACUGGUCUUGGCGCUGCGAGAUCUGCACGCGCAAGGAUACGUUCAUCGAGAUUUUAAGAGUGGAAAUGUGCUGGUGGGGAAGAGUGGAUUUGUCAAGGUAAUAGACUUCGGGUUGUCCAAAAAGGUUGUCGCAGAUGGAAAAGUCGACGACUACUCUGGACGAACACAGUCGGUGUGCGGCACUCACUACGUGAUGGCGCCAGAAAUGUUUUUCAAGGAGUCUUAUGCCUUCGGUGUUGACUGGUGGAGUCUGGGUGUCGCUAUCUAUGAAAUGGUGAUGAACCAUAUGUGGUUCAAUGACAUCAACUGGGCGUUGCUCGAGUCGAAAGAGGGUGUCACGGAUUCGAUGGCAGUACCGUAUGAUUUCAACAAAGACUACAACCCAGCUCGAAUUCGUACUUCUCCAGGCCAAGGUGGGGCUAGAGAAAGCUUGUCCAGUGCUGAAAGUAUCGACCCGGAAGACGAUGCCAACGUCCCGUCACCAAUAAUGCAACGCUCGUUGUGGCGUCUUCGAUGCUCGCCGUCGCUACGCCGACUGUCGACUGUAGCUGCGUACGACCCCCCACCUCGUCCACAGCUUCAGUACGUUACGUCCGACAUCAUCGACCGCCGCCUGCUGCAGGGUUUAACCUCCGCAGACGAUGACACACGACCAGUGAACCUCAUUCAGGAUGAGGAAGGCGCCCGACGUGUAUUACAAAAGCUCGAAGAGCUGGGCCCCAACCAUUUUCACGCGUGUGACACGGAAGUGGCACAGAUUGACGUCAAGGCAGUGGGACCUGUAGGUAACGGCGUGGUUACGUGUCUAUCGCUUUACAGUGGACCUGAUGUGGACUAUGGUAAUGGUCCUUAUGUCUGGGUGGACAAUCUGGACAGCGCGGAGGGCACAUUGCAGCUCUUUAAGGAGUUCCUGGAGAGUAAAAACUAUCUCAAAGUGUGGCACAACUACAGCUUCGACCGUCACGUGCUGUUUAAUCACGGUAUCAACGUUCAAGGGCUAGGAGGAGACACGAUGCAUAUGGCUAGACUCUGGAACACGGCUAGAUUCCAGAAUGGAGGCUAUUCUCUAGAGUCCCUUACUGCAGACUUACUGUUACAAAGGAAGAAGCCUAUGAAGGAGCUGUUUGGGAUUCCGAAGCUCAAGAAAGACGGAUCCAAAGGCAAGGAAAGGAUCAUGCCUACAGUUGAGGAGCUACAGAGGUUUCCCGAAUUUAGGAAACGCUGGAUUAGAUACAGUGUCUACGAUGCAGAGAGCACGUGGUUCUUGCACCGUGUGCUGCAGGACAAAUUGGACCAGACGUUCUGGUUCGAAAAGCCAAAUGGGGGCGAGUCUCAAGUCGGAUCCAUGUACGAAUUCUAUCGUGAGUAUAUUGUCCCGUUUGGAGAGUGUCUCACGGAUAUCGAGCGGAGGGGGAUGCACGUGGAUCUGGAGUAUCUCGCAGGUGUCGAGAAGCAGGCGUUGGAGGACAGAGCGCGACUGGAAAAGCUGGUGCUGCAAUGGGCGUCGAGGUAUUGUGAAGAGAGCGAACGUAUUAAUUUAUACAGCGCUGCGCAGAAGCAGCAGUUGCUGUUCGCGCCAUACUUUAAUAAAAAGAAGAAGGAGCAGGUGUUGCCUGCUGAGCGUUCGUUUGAAGUGGAAAAUACGGAAGGAUUCAUUGAAGAGGGCAAGCAGAAGGCAAAGAAGAAGCGCAAUAUCACAAUUCGAGGUCUGGGUAUUCCGCCGACACACUUCACGGCUAGCGGACUCCCUGCAGCCAGCGCAGAAGUGCUGAAGGAUCUCGCAGGACACCCAGAAGCUAACCCCCCGCAGUAUGGUCGCGCGUAUGGUCAUUUCGAGGAUAAAGAGGAGGGUGCUGCUGCUUGUGUUGCUCUGAAGGCGCUUUUCGACAUCAGCAGUAUCAACACCAUGCUCAACAACUUCAUUCUACCUCUUCAGGAGCUGGCAGACAGCAACAGUCGCGUGCACUGCUCUCUGAAUCUCAACACAGACACAGGUCGCUUGUCAUCACGAAAGCCGAAUCUGCAGAACCAACCGGCGAUGGGUAAAGAUCGCUACAAGAUUCGAGACGCUUUCACAGCUCCGCCUGGCAAGAAGCUCAUUGUCGCCGAUUACUCGCAAUUGGAGCUACGGCUUAUGGCGCACAUUACGCAGUGCAAAGCAAUGAUCGAAGCGUUUAAGGCUGGUGGUGACUUCCACUCACGCACAGCCAUGGGAAUGUACCCAUACGUGGCGAAGGCAGUGGAAAACGGUGAAGCUCUUCUGGAAUGGGAUCAUACUACUGGCAAGGAACCUCCAGCUCCGCUUCUAAAGGACAAGUACGGCGAUGAGCGUAAAAAUGCUAAGGUACUCAACUUCUCUAUUGCUUAUGGCAAGACUGCGUUUGGUCUGGCCAAGGACUUCAAUGUUUCUCGUAAAGAAGCGGCAGAUACGCUGGAGAAAUGGUAUUCUGACCGAGGAGAGGUGCGAGACUGGCAAAAGAAAGCCAUCGAGACUGCUAGAACGUUUGGCUACACUCGUACAUUGCUGGGACGGUAUCGUCGACUCCCCGACGCUAUGUUGAGAGACGAUAGUAUGACAUCGAAGAAGGCCAGAGGUCAUGCUGAACGAGCUGCUAUCAACACACCUAUCCAAGGAGCAGCUGCCGACGUCGUGAUGCAGGCAAUGCUACAAGUGCACCAUAGCCCGAGGUUACGCGAGCUUGGGUGGGGGAUGGUGUCUCAAAUUCACGACGAAAUCAUCGUCGAAGGUCCCGAAGAGUCUGUAGAUGAAGCGAUGAAACUUGUGGUGCACCUCAUGGAGAAUCCGUUCCAGAAGCCGCUGUCGGUGGCCUUGGAAGUGGAUGCCAACGUUGACGAUUCCUGGUUUAAAGCAAAAUAG